GUAUUUCUAGGUUAUGUCCGCGAUGUUAUAUUUUGUUUACAUUUAGUUUUUGAAAAAAAUUCGUUUUAAAAAAAGUGUUAUAUGUUUAUUUUUCGUGUUUUGUGAUUAUCUUGUGUAGGGGAAAUGAUAAUGACAACAUUUAUUUGUUCUAAAACGUGGCGAAUUGAUUUUUUCUGCUACAACGUCAACUUAGCUACUUAUUUAAAUCGAUUUAUUAAUAAAAAACUAACAAAAAUGAAUAAUAGGUUGAAAGACAUUAGAAAAGUGCUUAAAUUAAUUACCCUAGUCAAGUUAUCCAAAAUAGAUGUUCUCUAUUUGAAUCGGAAUAUUUAUUUUUCAUAUUUUUACAUUCUUUUCAUUAUGUAUGUUUAUAUUUACUUCUACAGUUAGGCCCAGUUAUAUAGAAGAUACACCCCGUAUAAAAAAGAAAUUCAUUACGAUUCGUCGUAGUAUAAUUUUAGAAUUAUACACACGAACUUUUAUUAUAUCAAAAUCUCCAUCUUGGUAACACUAAUUUAACAAUAACCUUCAUUCAAUUAAAGAAAUGGGUCGAUUUGUUAAGGGGUUGAUUAUUCAAGGUUUUCGUUUUGCGCAAAUGUGUGUCAGUAGAAUCGAAAAUUUCCAGUUUUCGCAGUCUUCAGUUACAAAGAUUUCCAGCGACGGUUACUGAAAACAAUUCGACACGUGCUUUCGAACUAACAACGUAAAAAGUGUUUUUAAUACACGACAGUGUAUGGCUGUCGAAGAAAAAGAAGAUUUCAAAGGGAGGAGGAAGCGAGGUGAUGUGGCAGAAGAAACUAAAUCCUCCGAAAGUUCAAAACGUACAUUUCCCGUGAAUAUCACAGUAGACGAUUUAUAUCUAUACAGAAAAAAGAAGCACACUUUUGCUUGGCUGAAGGAUAAUUUAAAAGUGGAAGAAGGUUCUUUUAAACAUCUCAAAUCGGAAUAUACGAGAAGAUUUAAGAAUUUCUUCGAUAUUUUAAGAUCGUCGAUAAAAAGGAAUGAGAAGAGUCUACUUGACGUAGAAGUGCUCAAACCGGAAGAUUCUACGAAAUUAAUAGACGAAAAAACCAUUGACAAUGACAGGCGCUUGUCAAAAAAAAUUGAUGCAAUAGAAAAUGACGAUUCUAACAAUGAAAUUAUUAACAGAUUCCAUCCGUUCGGUAAUGCAACGGUUGACAAAUCGGGACGUCGUCGUUUAUUAAAACGUCCAAAUAACUUAAAAAUCGAAGGAGAUCACCACCACGUAACAGAACAUGCCGAAAAUUUUAUCGAAUUUUUACUUGCUAAAAGGGCAGAGUUAUGUAGAACGCCGACUACUUUGAAAUUAGGUACGGGGACAAUGGAAACUAAGACAGAAACAACCGAUAAAUUCAGAAAGUUCGAUAACGUGGAAAGACCUACUUUAAUAAGGAAGUUUACUAAUUUACGUUUGGAGGGGGAUUUGGACGCCGUAACAGAAAAACAGGAAAAGUUUCAACGAUACGAGGUCAACAGUAAACCGAAUUUGAUUAAAAAAUCUACUAAUUUACAUUUGGAUGGAAAUAGUUUCUCAAUACCUGAAUAUAGGGAUCAGUACAUUCAAUAUAAUGAUAUAAGAAGACUGGCGCCAAUUUUACCAACUAAUAAUUUAAAAAAUGCCGGUUUGUUUGAUGAUACAACCCCCACAUCAACGAAUUUCGGUCGAACUAGUCCUUCGAUACCCUUUUUAAGAUCUAGUUAUAGUUACCACGAUUUGGACGAAGGUGCGAAACGUAGACGAAACGUUUCGUCGUUAAGUCGUACAUCAUCCCAAUCGAAUUUAGUAAAAUCCGCUGAUGAUAGAAUCAAAAUAUCAUCAAAAUCAUCGAUAUUUGAAUAUGAAAAAGGACGAAAUAAUUCCGGUUUUGCAGAUAGAACGAAAUCCGAUUCAACAGAAAGAGAUUUUUUCGGUCAUAAUAUAAAAGGGAAGAGGGAUUUUGUAAGGAGACGGUCGGGGAAUUUAUUUGAAGAAGCAGUUGGUGAUAAUUUGGUAAAACGGUUCGAAUGUCAACCGGAGUAUAGAAAAGCCAUAAGGGAUUAUUCAAUUCGGGAAAAAAUUCCACCCGAACAAAAACGUAGGAUUUUGGAAAUACCUGAUAUUACUAUAAAUGCUGAUAGCACAGGAAAUGAAGUGACUAGUCAAAAAUCAACGAAACCACCUACCUCGACUACUUCCAAUAUCCCCUCGACACCAAAAUCACUCAAACCCCCUACUAAAAAAAAUACAACCCAUACGUCGAGACGCAAUUCAAAAAUUAACACCGAAACUAUAAAACUUUCACCGGAUAAAAUGAAACGAGUUUAUAGAAGAUCCUCUACUCCGUCACCGAUUGCUAAAGAAAAAAUAUCCGGUGGAAAACAAUCGGUGAAUCAUUGGAAAAACUCCGAAAAUAAUUGGAAUUCAACUGAGACCGACCCUGCGUUUUUUAUAGUUAACGAUGGCGUACCGAGUAGAAGAAGCGUCGGACGGAAUUUAUAUAAGGAACAAAGAUGGAUGCCUGCUUGGUAUAGCGGAGAACUUUAAAUUGAAUUAUUUUAUAGUGUUCGGUUUAUUUUUCGAAAAUAUAGAGUGUAAUUUGUUGAAAUAAAAGUGUUUUAGACUAUUAU